AUGCAGAGCUUCUACCGAGUCAAUGUUCCCCAGCUCGGCUUCUCCUACCCCUUUGUCCUCCAUGCUAUCAUGGCGUUUUCGGCCCGGCAUCUUGCCCAUUUUCGAGUAUCCAAGCGCGCCUCCUACAUCGCCAAAGCGGAACAUCACUGGGAUAUUGGCUUGCGAACUGCCAGCGCCCUCAUUCCCACCGUCAAUGACGACAACGCCCCUGCCCUUUACAUCUUCGCCGUCAUAUCCUGCUUCUACACGCUCGCCAAGGGGCCCAAACCACGCGACUUCCUCAUCUUCAGCGACAACGGCCUGGCCGAAUGGCUGAUGCUCUUCCGCGGCGUGCGCGCCAUCAUGGAGACAACCAACGACAGCAUCCGUCACGGGCCGCUCUCGCCGCUCUUCGCCGCCGCCAUCGUGCGCGUCCAAAGGUUCUAUGACCACGCUCCGGGGUCGGACGCCGAGCACGCGCGCAUCGCGGAGCUGCGCCGGCUCGUCAAUGACGUCGCCGGCGACAGUCCGAACCUGCACACGUACCUUGCUGCCAUCGACGACGUCUCGCGCUGCUUCGCGUGCGUCUUUGACGAGGCCGUCAAUGGGCCGUCUUCAUCAACCUUCUCGCAGACCGUCUUCAUCUGGCUCUAUCGCGUCUCUGACGACUUUGUUCUCUGCCUCCAGCAGCGGCAGCCCGUCGCCCUCACCAUCUUCGCCUACUUCGUCGUCCUGCUGAACGAACUCGGUACCAACUGGUGGAUGCAAGGUUGGAUCUACCAUCUUCUGGCUGGUAUUCAUGAUGCCUUGGACGAAGGAAGCAGGCCGUGGAUCAGAUGGCCGAUGGAGAAGCUGGGCUGGAUACCGGAUUCGUGA